GUUCCUGUAAGACAAGCCUCUCUGUGUUAGAGACAGUUAGAACAUCUGCUUAUCCUCUGAAGAUGGAGACAGUGAAGCUCUCCUGUGUGGUUCUGGGUCUUCUAUGGAUGUUUUCCAGCAUCUCUGCCCAUUCUGAAGACAUCCACGACAACCAAGAAAGCUGCAGUGGAAAUGCAAAGUGGUGCUCAUCAUCUGCCCACAAAGUAGAUCCUGACUACUAUGAAGAACUCUGGGAGAAGAACCUGGACCUGGCUAAGCAGACCCUGAAGCUUCCUUUUCUUCAGCACAUGCAGCUGGGCGACCUGCAGGCUGACGAUUACACAGUCUUCAUGAUCCAGGACAUCUACUACCUGGCCAAGGUUACAGACAUGUUGGAGGUGAUGUCUAAAAAAGACAUGCCUGAAGACCUCAAAGAGUUCAUGAAGGGACGAUACCAGAGCUACGACCGCUUCAGGAUCCAGAUGCUGAAGACCUUCAACCUGAAUGGAGUGGAUGGAAUCAAAGUGACCGAAGCCAUGAAAGGCUACCUGGCUGAAUACCAAAGGAUCAUGGUGGAAGAGGAACCCAUCAUGUUUGCAGUGAGUCUGCUGCCCUGCAACAGGCUCUGGGUUUGGAUCGCUAACCAGCUAAACAUAGGUUACGGGAAUGCCUACUGGUCCUGGAAGAAGAACAACAUGGGUGGGAAACCUGAAAAAUACAAGGACCUGCUGAGCAAAUAUCUGACAGCAAAAAACUUUGAAAAAGCGAACAAAAUUUUUCGCAACCAAAUGGGGAAUGAGCUCCAGUUCUUUAAGGCCUCCCUGAAUCAGUAAAAUUCUCUGCUUCUAGAGAACAUCCUCACCCUCCUCAGAUGUUCCAUCUAUCAUCUGGAGGUUGAGAUGGAUGCAAAGUCCUGGAGAAGAAUCUGACCUAGUUAACAUCAACACAGCAGACGGUUCAUGGACCAACAACCCUGGACCCACAGCUGGUGGGGCCUAGUCAAAACCCAGAUCUCAGUCUGGUCAAGAACUUAUGGCUAGACCUAAAGAACCAUUCAGUUCUAAACCCAGAACAAAUAGAUGUACAGCUGUAUCCAGAUGUUCCAGCCUGACUGAAGCACAUCCUCUAAGAUCACAGUCAAAGGUCAGUUUACUGUAACAGUCAGAAUUGUGUUGUUGGUUCUUUUCAUCUUUUCAUCUGUUUUUGUAGUUUUUUUUUUCCGGCCCUGAAAUAAAUGUUGGAACUCAUCCAGAUUGUUCAGAACUCUGCAAGAAUAAAAUUUAACACCUGGAAAUAAAAAGGAAACGAGUUU